UGAGGAAUAUUAGCAUGCUAGCUUUCUUAUGUUGUAGGAAGGAAAAGUUAAGACAACAACACAACAACGUUAGCAUCAUACGAAGCUAGCCACUAUCUCACGGAGGAGAUCAGCAUUUAGUAAAAGACUGGCUUACUGCGAGAAAUGUUUGGCGAUCGAUUAGAAAUGCUUUGGAGAUAGACCAGUCGAUUGCGAUCGACCYGUUGGUGACCAAUGGAGGAAAGGAAUGCAGUACUGAGACAGAAGACACUGGACAACUCCAGGAUGGCAUCAGACACUGCAUCCCUGCAGACUCCUGGCUCCAAGAUCAUGACCUUUCACCCUUCCAUGGAGGAGUUUAAGGACUUCAGCCGUUACAUCGCCUACAUGGAGUCACAAGGAGCUCACCGAGCUGGAAUGGCUAAGGUUAUUUCACCCAAAGACUGGAAGCCCAGACGUACCUAUGAUGACAUAGAUGACCUGGUGAUCCCUGCUCCUAUACAGCAAGUGGUGACUGGCCAGUCCGGUCUCUUCACACAGUACAACAUCCAAAAGAAACCCAUGACCGUCCGAGAGUUCCGCAAGACUGCCAACACAGACAAGUUCUGUAACCCCCGAUAUGUGGAUUUUGAUGAGCUGGAGAGAAAGUUUUGGAAGAACCUGACUUUUAACCCCCCUCUCUAUGGAGCGGAUGUCAACGGAACACUCUAUGAUCCAGACGUGACAGAGUGGAACAUUGGUCAUCUGAACACUAUCCUGGACACUGUUGAGAGGGAGAGUGGGAUCAAGAUCAAAGGGGUAAACACUCCUUACCUGUAUUUUGGCAUGUGGAAGAGUACCUUCGCCUGGCACACUGAAGACAUGGAUCUCUACAGCAUCAACUACCUUCACUUUGGAGAGCCCAAGUCCUGGUAUGUUGUUCCCCCUGAACAUGGCAAGAGACUGGAGCGUCUCGCUAAAGGGUUUUUCCCUGGGAGUGCUCAGAGCUGUGAAGCUUUCCUGCGGCACAAGAUGACUCUAAUCUCACCCUCCAUCCUGAAGAAAUACGGCAUACCAUUUGAGAAGAUCACCCAGGAGGCAGGCCAGUUCAUAGUGACCUUCCCUUUUGGCUACCAUGCUGGUUUCAACCACGGCUUCAACUGUGCAGAGUCCACUAACUUUGCCACACAGCGAUGGAUCGAUUAUGGCAAAAUAGCCACACUGUGCUCAUGCCGUAAAGACAUGGUGAAGAUCUCCAUGGAUGUGUUUGUGAGGAAGUUCCAACCAGAUCGCUACAAGGCAUGGAAGGCAGGGAAGGACAACAUUCCUAUUGACCACUCCAAGCCCACGCCAGAGGCUGCUGAGUUCCUGACGGGAGAGAAGACAGGGGAGCCUGGAAAGGAGGGUCCAAGCCCCAGCGAGGCCCCUGACCAGGAGGAGGAUACCACAGGCACCACUGCUCAGGAGGAGACGAGCAAGCUGAAGGUUGGGAAAAAGCGCCAGCGGGAAGCAGUUGUGGAGGCAGAGGAGGAUGAAGACACUGAGCAAGCUAAGGAGGAAGGAGAGGUAGCGCAAAAGAAAGUCAAGCUGGAUCAGUGGAGUGGAGGACACACCCCAGCACGCAAAGAGCCAAAGCCAGAGGACGUUAAAAAUGAGCUAACAAAGCUACCACCCAACGCAAAGACCAACCGAAACACAAACGCCAGCCGAAAGCUAGCACUUCAGAUGAAAGCCAAUAACUCUAUUAAAUCCACUCUAAUUAAGUCUCAGCCACAGACUAACAGUCAGUCAACCCAACCAGCAGUACCAGGCCCCUCCUCCCAGAGCUCAGAGAAGGCCGGCCCCAGUGAGGAUGUGAAGCCUCCAGCACCAGCCAACAGCCCCAGCCCUGCUCACCGACUCUUCCAGAGGACCCUGAGCCCGGCAGACGUGCUGCAUGUCCACAGCUACGCCAAGGGAGACUACAGCGAGGGAGAGAGCAAGGAGAUGAGGAGCGAUAGUAGUGAUAGUGAAGGAGAGGAACAGGACGACAGCAAGGGGGCAGAAGAGGGAGCGGAGGAUGAAGGUGUGCAAAGCAAACUGGGGAAGCUGCCUCGCCAUCACCCUCUGAUGAAGGACAGCAUGAGUGACGAGGAGCUGCCAGAGCAGCCCCCAGUAGAGGAGGAUGGGUUAGAGGGGGGAGAGCUGUGGGCCAAGCCCUUCGUCCACCUGUGGCAGAACAGACCCCCCAGCCUGAAGAGAGAGAAGGAGUACAACCGUCGCAUGGGCCUCCAGGCCCCAUACUGCUCCGUAUGCUCAUUGUUCCAGACCUAUCAGCGGACGGAGUGUGCUGAUGACUGUAAGAACACUCCAGUGGUGUUGCCUGGAGGCAGACUGAGGACUAAGCCUCUGAUUGCUGAGAUGUGUUUCACUACCACCACCGAGCCAGAGGAGGGUGCUGAGGAGCAGGCGCUUGGAGCCCUGGCGCCCACCACCCCUCACCUGGAGCCAGACGGCACCAGCCUGCUCAUCAGCUGCUCCCACUGCAGUGUCCGCAUACACACCAGCUGUUAUGGCGUGGAUCCAAAGAUUGUUACUAAGGACUGGAAGUGUGCUCGCUGUAAGGCCAACGCCAUGACUGAGAGUUGCUGUUUGUGUUCGCUGAGGGGUGGAGCCUUGCAGAAAGCCAACAACAACAAGUGGGUCCAUGUGCUGUGUGCAGUAGCAGUGUUGGAGGCUCGCUUUGUGAACAUCACUGAGAGAAGCCCUGUGGAUCUGAGUGGGAUUCCUCUACAGAGGUUUAAACUGAAAUGUUACUACUGUAAGAAGCGGAUGAAGAAGACGUCCGGGUGCUGUGUGCAGUGUUCCCAUGGCCGCUGUUCUACGGCCUACCACCCUACCUGUGCCCAGGCCGCUGGGGUCCUCAUGCAGCCAGACGAGUGGCCUUUCGUGGUCUACGUCACCUGCUGCCGGCACAAGGGCCCUAUUCAGACAGAGCGUAACAAAGCAGCAAUGCAUGAGCUCACCGUGGGACAGAGGGUGAUCUGUAAGCACAAAAAUGGCCGCUACUAUCAGUGUGACGUGGUGCAGCUUUCCAAGGAGACGUUCUAUGAGGUCAACUUUGAUGACGGUUCCUUCAGCGACAACCUCUUUCCCGAGGACAUCGUGAGCCGGAAUUGUGCCCAGCUAGGCCCCCCACCGCAGGGGGAGGUGGUGCAGGUCCGGUGGACAGAUGGUCUAGUCUACGGGGCCAAGUUUGUGGCUGCUCACGUCAUCCAAAUGUACCAGGUGGAGUUUGAAGACGGGUCACAACUAACAGCCAAGAGAGAUGAUGUCUAUACCCUGGAUGAGGAGCUGCCCAAGAGAGUCAAGUCAAGACUGUCCAAGGCGUCAGACAUGCGUUUCGAUGGUAUAUUUGAGGACAAGGAGGCCAUCCAGCAGUCGAAGAGGCAGAGAGUGAUCAACUCACGGUACAGAGGGGACUACAUUGAACCUGUGAUCUACAGAGCCAUCAUGGAGUAGCCUGCCGACUACAGCAUGGAGUAGCCUACUCUACCAACAAAUCACCAGCACUGAUAUUCCUUAUCCAGACUUCUGCUCACUUUACCUUAAUUUAUCCACUGAGUGAGUAAGUAGCUCUGACUAAAGGACUGAAAAUAACUGUCCAACCCCUAGUUUAGACUAUUUGUCUUUUUCUUCAAUUCAUCCCUUCAUCAUUCCAGCAUUAGACACUGGUUUCCCAGACACUGUUUAAGCCUUGUCCUGGACCAAAAAUAUCUUUCCAGAACUAGGCUUGAUCUGUGUCUAGGAAACCUGUCCCUAUGGUUAUUACCAUCCAUGUCACGUUUUAUGCUACCCAGUGCCCAGUAGCAGUAAUUUGUGUAUUGAAUGAAGUGAUAUUGGCCCUUGAUUUUUGCUCCCAAACAAGAUUUAGCUUUCUAAUAAUAAUAAUAAUAACAAUUCACUCAAUAUAAUUCAUUGGUAGGAAGGAUUUCCUCAAGGGAGUGAAGCAGACACAAAAGUUAUUGCCACUCAUCCUCAUAAACACUGACUCAAUAUUUGACAGAAUGUUGCCAGUUGUUAUUUUAAGUACAUAUGUAUAUAUUUUCCUAUGUAUACUGAACAAAAAUAUUAACACAACAUGCAACAAGUUCAAUGAGUUACAGU